AGAAGAAAACCCAGACGGGAGAAGAUCGUGGAAACGGCAGCAAGGAGAUCUAGCACGAACCAAACCCCGUAUUGUGGUGCAGAGAAGGAGACGAAGGAAGUAGACAGAGAUCGACACGAAGAUGAACAUUUUCAGAUUAGCAGGUGAUAUGACUCACCUAGCCAGUGUCCUCGUCUUGCUCCUCAAGAUCCACACCAUCAAAUCCUGCGCCGGUGUGUCACUAAGGACGCAAGAACUGUACGCCAUUGUGUUCGCGACGCGUUAUUUGGAUAUUUUCACGAGCUUCGUGUCUGUCUACAACACCUUCAUGAAGCUGGUCUUCUUAGGAAGCUCCUUUUCGAUUGUCUGGUACAUGAGGUAUCACAAGGCUGUCCUCAGGACUUACGACAGGGAGCAGGACACGUUUCGCCACUGGUUCCUUGUCCUUCCUUGCCUUGUCUUGGCUCUUCUCAUCCACGAGAAGUUCACCUUUCUUGAGGUGCUCUGGACGUUUUCGCUGUACUUGGAAGCUGUUGCUAUAUUGCCUCAGCUUGUCUUGCUGCAAAGGACUAGAAAUAUCGAUAACUUGACUGGCCAAUACAUUUUUCUCCUUGGUGGGUACAGGGGAUUGUACAUCCUAAACUGGAUCUACCGUUACUUCACUGAGCCCCACUUUGUUCAUUGGAUAACCUGGAUCGCGGGGCUUGUCCAGACAUUGCUCUAUGCCGACUUCUUCUAUUAUUAUUUCCUUAGCUGGAAGAAUAACAAAAAGCUCCAAUUGCCAGCUUAAUUUUCUUAAGUUUUUGAUGCUCGGAAACCCUAAGGAUUCAAUUUGGUGCCGGUUAGAGGUUUACCAAUUUACUCUGUUGGUGGUUAGUGGAGGAGACAAGCAUAGAUAUUAUGUAAACUCCAGUUACUGAACUUACACUCUCUUUUGAACCUUUUUCGUGUCUCAGCUUUUUGCUCGACUUAACUGUUACUAAAGGAUUUCGAAGGACA